AAAGAAAAGAAGAAGAGGGCACAAUGCAGUUCUGGAAGCUCUUCAUUACUGCAUUAAUGCCAGUUCUUAAGGUGCUCCUGAUUACUGCUUUAGGAGCAUUUCUUGCUCUUGAUCGAUUUAAUGUGCUAAGGGACACUGCCAGGAAGCACUUGAAUACAUUGGUAUAUUAUGUGUUCACUCCGGCUCUUGUUUGCAGCAUCCUCACUAAGACAAUAACAUUUAAGAAUCUCGUUAUGCUGUGGUUCAUGCCAUUGAAUAUUCUUCUAACAUUCAUAGUUGGGACAGCAUUGGGAUGGUUAUUUAUGAAAAUAACCAAAGCUCCGAAUCACAUGUAUGGCCUUGUCUUGGGGUGCUGUGCUGCAGGAAAUCUAGGAAAUUUGCCUCUUAUCAUAAUGCCAACAGUUUGCAAAGGAAGCAACAGUCCUUUUGGAGCUGUGGAUCUUUGCUACAAGAAAGGGAUGGGAUAUGCUUCUCUAUCCAUGGCUAUAGGAAACAUCUACAUUUGGACUUUUGUGUACAACAUCGUUCGUUUAUAUUCAUCCAAUAAGACUUUGGAUAAUAAUUCCACAUUAGAAAAAGAUUCCGUGAAGAAUUCCACAGAGGAUUUAUCAGAGACUGUUGAUGAUCAUGAAAAUCAACUUCAAAUUGAAACAACAUUUUCUCAUGAAAAAGCAAAGUUACCAAAACUUGCAAAGAUAGUUAAGACUUUGGUAGAAAAGCUGAAUCUGAAGGUCCUACUAGCACCUGCAACAGUUGGAUCGAUUGUUGGUCUAGUGAUGGGUGGAAUCACUCCAUUUCGGAAGUUGUUUGUCGGUGAUGAUGCUCCACUACGUGUUCUUGAAGACUCUACAUCCAUGGUGGGGGAUGCGGCCAUUCCAGCAGUCACUUUGUUGGUCGGAGCAAAUCUACUUAAGGGUACAAUUACUCAAUUAUUUGGAGCUGGUGAAACAGAAUGCUCAAUAAUCAUGCUAGCAACUUAUGCCUGUGCUGCAGUUUCUCUUACACUUUGGUCCACAUUUUUUAUGUGGCUUGUCCUAUGAUGAUGGGAUAUUUUUAUAACAAUAAUAAUUAGUUACAGUCAGAUGUAUUAUGAUUUAUGAGACAUCGAUGGUUAUAAAUAUAAAAUAUUAAUCAUAUUCUAAAAAGUUGUUCACAAAUUAUAAUGUUGUAGAGUGUGGAAUAUUUUGUUUAUUUAUUUAUGAUUUUUGGGUCUGAA